UUUAUGAUGAUGAUCAUCAUCAUCAUCAUUAUCUACUUGCCGUGUAGGGUUCUUGUUGAUUUCUCAAUUUCAUCUCUCCUCAACUGAAAAAUUACAGUAAAUUGAUCAUUUUCUCCGUCGAUUUUUUAGUUUGUUGCCUUAAUCGUGACGCUGACGCUGAAUUAGCCCUUUUCCGCCCAAUUUUUCUUUUUAUUGAUUAAUCUUUUGUCUUGUCCUUUUUUUGUAUGCUCUGUACACUCUGUCGUUCACCAACCCUCAAUAAGGAUAUUUCGUUUUCUAGGGAAGAAAUCUGAGAGCAGUUAAACCCUCGAAUAAGGAGAUUUCGUUUUGUAUAAUUUUGUUUAAUCCCCUUUUCUGUUUUUGUUUGAGGGUUAACUAAUUUUUGUGGUGUUAUCAUUUUAUAUAAGUAAACUCAUUAGUCAAUGCUUGGUAAUAUUUCGUAUUGCGUUUUGAUUAUUUUACCUCUAUAUUGGUUCAAGAGAUUGCUACUACAUAAUUUAGAGAAGUGAUUAGUCAGAUCGAACUGGCUUUGAGGUAGACAAAUGAUGGCAAGAUCGAUAAGAACGAUUUGGUUCCCGAUAUUUGUACUACUCUUGGUAGAGACUGGUAGAGGUGUAAAAUCAGCUUCCAACUACUUAAUUGGGCUCGGAAGCUAUGACAUCACUGGGCCCGCAGCUGAUGUCAACAUGAUGGGAUAUGCUAACACGGAACAGACAGCAUCGGGCGUUCACUUCAGGUUGAGAGCACGGGCUUUCAUAGUUGCAGAGCCAAAGGGUAACAGAGUUGUUUUUGUAAAUCUCGAUGCUUGUAUGGCAUCACAACUGGUGACAAUAAAAGUCCUUGAGAGAUUGAAGACGAGGUAUGGGGAUCUGUACACAGAAAACAAUGUUGCGAUAAGUGGCAUUCAUACCCAUGCUGGCCCUGGAGGUUAUCUUCAAUACGUUGUGUACAUUGUAACAUCCCUUGGUUUUGUGCGGCAGUCAUUUGAUGCCCUUGUUGAUGGCAUCGAGCAGACCAUCAUACAAGCCCACAAUAACCUUCGACCUGGAUCCAUAUAUGUCAAUAAAGGGGAGCUUAUAGAUGCUGGUGUUAAUCGAAGUCCAAGUGCUUAUCUCAAUAAUCCAGCUACAGAACGCAGUAAAUAUAAGUAUGAUGUCGAUAAAGAUAUGACCCUCUUGAAGUUUGUUGAUGAUGAAUGGGGCCCGAUAGGCAGCUUCAAUUGGUUCGCCACCCAUGGAACUUCUAUGAGUCGGACAAAUUCAUUGAUAAGUGGGGACAAUAAAGGAGCUGCAGCACGAUUUAUGGAAGACUGGUUUGAUCACAACAGCAGUGGAAGCAUAUCAUCUGACUUAUAUAUGUCUAGCAAAAUCCACAGAAGAGUCUCUAACAUUAUUCCAGUUAUUGAAGACAAUCAUCAUGAGUUACUAGAACUUGCUGCUUCUUUUGAGUCUUCAUCAGGCAAAUCAACCACCAGGUAUUCGAGCCUUGCAAGACGUGUAAGGAGUGCUCUCAGGCAGACUGAUAGGCCUAAGUUUGUAUCCGCAUUUUGUCAAAGCAAUUGUGGUGAUGUUAGUCCAAAUGUUCUAGGUGCAUUCUGUUUAGAUACAGGCUUGCCUUGUGAUUUCAAUCAUAGUACCUGUGGUGGAAAGAAUGAGUUAUGCUAUGGCCGAGGACCUGGAUACCCAGACGAAUUUGAAAGCACACGUAUCAUUGGGGAAAGACAAUUCAGGAAAGCGGUGGAACUUUUUGAUGGAGCAUCAGAAAAAUUAAAUGGGAAGAUUGAUUAUCGCUAUACCUCUGUUGAUUUUUCGGAACUUAAUGUCACAAUUCCGAAAGAAGGCGGAGGAACAAAUGUUGUAAAAACCUGUCCUGCGGCGAUGGGGUUUGCAUUUGCAGCUGGUACAACUGAUGGACCUGGUGCUUUUGAUUUUAAGCAAGGGGAUGACAAGGGUAAUGCAUUCUGGAGGCUCGUCCGCGACUUACUUAAAAAUCCAGGCAAAGAACAAGUGGACUGUCAACAUCCAAAGCCCAUUCUGCUUGAUACUGGCGAAAUGAAGCUACCUUAUGAUUGGGCGCCUUCAGUACUUCCUGUUCAGAUUCUGAGAAUAGGGCAGCUGGUCAUUCUUAGUGUGCCUGGAGAGUUCACAACAAUGGCUGGAAGACGUCUCCGAGAUGCUGUGAAAAAAGUUCUCACUAGCGCAAGUACCAAAGAGUUUGGUAGCAAUGUCCAUAUAGUGAUAGCUGGCCUAACAAAUACAUAUUCCCAAUACGUGACAACUUUUGAGGAGUACGAUAUGCAGAGAUACGAGGGUGCCUCAACACUGUACGGCCCACAUACUCUUACUGGCUACAUUCAAGAAUUCAAAAAACUUGCAUCAGCCCUAGUGAGCGGCAAAACAGUCGAAUCUGGUCCACCGCUCCCCAAUCUGCUAGACAAGCAAAUAAGCCUGCUUACACCAGUAGUAAUGGACGCGACCCCAAUUGGUGUAAAGUUCGGCGAUGUAAGCUCAGAUGUAGCGAAAAACUCCACUUUCAAGAAAGGUGAUAACGUGACAGUUGUUUUCUGGUCUGCGUGUCCGAGAAAUGACCUAAUGACGGAAGGUACAUUUGCUUUGGUCGAGAUUCUUAAAGGGAAGGAUUCUUGGGUGCCUGCAUAUGAUGACGAUGAUUUCUGUCUCCGAUUCAUAUGGUCGAGACCUGCUAAACUUAGUACUCGAAGCCACGCAACUAUAAAAUGGUUGAUACCUCAAACGGCUGCUUCCGGUGUGUACAGGAUCAGGCAUUUUGGUGCUGCUAAGAGCCUCCUCGGAUCGAUUAAGCAUUUUACAGGUUCCUCGAGUGCUUUUGUAGUGGCAUGACUUGACAUGACCCUUUUAUUUGCCAUUUUGCAUUAUACAUGCAUGUUAUAACUGAAAAAAAAAAAAACAUAGCUUUAUAUUUAUACAAACAAUUUAUAGACACAAUUAAAAUCCUGUUUAGAUUAACAGUUUCUAUAUUUAUAGAACAAAUAAUCGUUAAUAUUUGCCCCGAUCAAUAUUUCAUGUUCUGAUCUCUUACUUAUUUUCCCCCGGACUGCUCCCGUCUUUUUUCUAUGUAUCCAGUGAUUCUAAGGCGGUGCUUGCAAAAGCUUUUAGAAACAGAUUCCGAGCAUGCUCAUAAUUUGUUUUUAUGUGUUUGCAAAAUCAGCCUUUA